AUGAAUAUGUUGGAUGAUGAAGAUGACCAAAGCUUUCACGCUACGCGUGACGGCUACUCCCAAUUGAGCGAUGUCGAAUGGGAUGCGGUUGAACGAAUGGGUUCGACCAUGGGCAUCCAUGCUGUUAGCGUCAUGCUAGAGGCUCUCAAUAGAGAUGCCCAACAUGCUACUAUCGCCAAGUUCAUUCAAAAUGAACUUGACGCAGAACGCGAGAAACAGCAGGCUGCUGCUGGUGGGUCGAUGCACUCGCGUCGACCCGAGACCUUGAAGAUUUACAUCUCCAAGUAUAGGGGAGUCGAAGAGGACUCCCUCUUGAGACGGUUUGUCGAAUUAGACGACGCCAUAAGGGCGCGUUGCAUCGACGAUGGGGAUGUGCAAGUUGCAUUUGCCCAGUCAAAUCUGGCAGGACGUGCCAAGACUUGGGCUUUGGGGCUCAAGUUGCACGACCCAUAUGCGUUUGGGUCGUUGACAGUCUUCAAGUCGCGGAUCAGACAAAUGUUUGAACCGCCUACAUCUGAGUUCAUAGCUCGAAUUGAACUCUUGAAGCUCAAGUGGGGUCUUGCGGAUGAUCCCGUCAAGACUCACCUGUUCCGGCUUGAACUAGAUUCACUAGAACAAGCCAUUUCCAUUGCGGAGCAGGAAGACUUCAGUCUGAGACAGGCUCGCGCCAGCUCGACAUAA